AUUUUGACAUAUUUUACGUUUUAAGCCGGAAAUUCGUAUCCGCCAUCUUCCUUUUAUUUGUAUAUUUGACAGCGUGUAUCACGACUGCUGUUUUUUACUGGAAAUAUUACCAGUAAACAUGGUGAAAGCGUAUGAAAUUUGUGUGGGCCUUAAUAAAGGCCACAAAACGACGAAAAUCCCAUCCAGCGAUAAAGUACGCCCUGCUCGGUUGAAGGGGACACAGACGAAACACACCAAAUUUGUCAGAGAUUUGAUUAGGGAAGUUUUGGGUCAUGCUCCAUAUGAAAAACGCGCUAUGGAAUUGUUGAAGGUAUCCAAGGAUAAGAGGGCUCUUAAAUUCUUAAAACGUCGUUUGGGUACACAUAUUCGUGCCAAGAGGAAGCGUGAAGAACUCUCCAACAUUUUGACUCAAAUGCGUAAAGCUCAGGCUCAUGCCAAGUAAAGUUGUACGGUUAAGUUCUUAAUAAAUAAUUUGACAAAA